AUGAGCGCGCUACUGCCGACCGCCCACCGCGAACGCCAUAUGCCGCCCCCGCCCAUUGAUCCCAAAGAUGUCACGAUAGUAGCCCUGCGAUUGAAACAUCAGAUUGAGCAGGUUAUUCCCUGCGAGCUCGAAGAGGACCAGAUCACGCGCGCCCAUAGCCAGAUCAUAACCGAUGCCGUGCUGAAGACGGCGCGAGAGGCGGGAGCUCCCGAGCACAGUGCCUGUGUCGUAUAUUGCUUGCUACAUGUCAAGAAGUGGUUCAGCACACAGGCAAAGGACGAGCUAUGGGACGCCGACCUCCACCAUGUCCGCGCGGUUGCGGCCGAGGUCAUGGCAAAACGCUUGAUUGAGGCUGAAGAGGAUAUCAACUACCUCUUUGAGGAGGUCCUGCUCAAGCGCUACUCGACACUUGUCGACGGCGAGCCUUCUGUGCCUACCAAUGCUGUGGAAAAGGCGGUCGAUUUACAUGCCGUAACAGUUAUUGGAUCGUCAGGAUACCAGAAGUGCAUCAACUACCUGUGGCGCGGAUGGAUUGUCCAGGACGAUGAAGACCCAAGCCGUUUUGUUACGUACGACAACAAGACAAAUACUAGCUACUGGGCUCAUCUGGAUCCGGACCGGAUGCGAGUGCCCAAGUACCAGAACUGGGUCCAGAUUGGCAUGUCCUUCAUCUACCUGGGCCUCUUUACUGGUGCCAUCAACACUAUCAAUGCUUCGGGCGACUUUGAUGUUGUCGAGUGUCUGCUUUAUCUCUUUACGCUCGGCUUCAUAUGCGAUGAGGCAAACAAAUUCUGGAAGGUCGGCCGGUACUACAUUUCCUUUUGGAACAUGUUCAACAGCACGAUGUACGCCCUGCUUACAAUCUCGUUUGUCCUGCGCAUCGUUGCGUUUGGGCACCCCAGGAGCACCGAUGAUGAUGGCAGGCGUGACUACUUCAAUAAGCUGAGCUACGACUUUUUGGCUUUUACUGCCCCUAUGUUUUGGAUGCGUCUUUUGCUCUAUCUCGACUCGCUUCGGUUCUUUGGCGCCAUGUUGGUUGUGCUCAAGGUUAUGAUGCGCGAGUCGCUCAUAUUUUUCCUCCUCUUGUUUGUUGUUAUUAUUGGUUUCUUUCAGGCUUUUAUCAGUCUUGACGUUCUGGAUGAUGAUUUGAUGAACGACACUAUUUUCAUCAUGCAGGCCAUGCUCAACGCCAUUAUGCAAUCCCCCGAGUUCGAAGGCUUUGAUAACUUCUCGCCUCCAUUCGGUAUAAUCCUCUACUACAUUUUUACUUUCGUCGUAAUGGUCAUCCUCCUUAAUGUCCUCAUUGCCCUAUACAACUCCGCCUACGAAGACAUCACCUCGGCCGCUAUCGACGAAUACAUGGCCCUCUUCUCCCAGAAAACAAUGCAAUUCGUGCGCGCUCCAGACGAAAACGUCUUCAUCGCCCCUUUCAACCUUAUCGAAAUGGUUUUUCUCAUCCUCCCCUUUGAAUGGUGGAUGGACCAGAAACGCUACGACCGUCUUAACGAUAUGGUCAUGGCUGUAAUCUACUCCCCGCUCCUCCUCAUCACCGCCAUGCUCGAGCAGCAAGAAGCUUGGAUUGUAAAAGAGAAUCGACGCCGCGGCGAGGACGAUGAAGAUGUGACAAUGGAGUGGGAGCAGGUGCUCCAAGGUUGCGAUUUUGAAGCUGAUGGCUGGGACAAGAAGGUGCAGGCUUGCAAGCCCAAUGUUGAAUUCGACACUGCGGUUCUUGAGGUCCGCGCGCUGAGGAAGGAAGUUGCAGAGCUGAAGGAUAUGCUUAAGACGUUGGUCGAAGGCGGUGUUAGCCCUGGUGGUGGUGGGGUGGGCAAGUGGGGUGGUGAGACGCUUGGUGAGAGUGGUCUGGCGAAGCUGGAUGUGAGUAGAUUGGCCUUGCAGGGUGAAAACUCCGAGAGUGGUGCUAGGGAUGAGUAA